AUGCGCACCCCGCAGCCAAUCGAGUGCAAAGCUGCCGUGUGCUGGUCCGCCAAAGAGGAUCUCGUGCUCGAAGAUGUGAUCGUAGGUCCGCCGUGCGCCGGUGAAGUGCGUAUCAAAAUCGUGGCCACAGGCGUGUGCCACACCGACGAAUACACGCGCUCAGGGAGUGACCCCGAAGGUAUUUUCCCGGUCAUUAUGGGCCAUGAAGGCGCCGGGAUCGUCGAGAGCGUCGGUCCAGACGUCACCCGUGUCCAGGUUGGGGACCACGUGGUGCCGUGCUACACGCCGCAGUGUCGCAGCUGCAAGUUCUGCCGAUCCAGCAAGACGAACCUGUGCUCGGUGAUCCGGAAUACUCAGGGUCAGGGCGUCAUGCCGAAUGGCACGUCACGCUUUACGUGCAAGCGGAACGGGGAGACGCUGUACCAUUUCAUGGGCACGUCCACGUUCUCGGAGUACACGGUGCUACCGGAGAUUUCCGUGGCCAAGAUUGACCCGUCAGCGCCACUGGACAAAGUGUGUCUCUUGGGCUGUGGCAUUACGACUGGUUAUGGUGCGGUCGUAAACACUAUGAAAGUGGAAAAGGACUCGACAGUCGCUGUCUUUGGUCUUGGUGCAGUGGGUCUUGCGGUCAUUAUGGGGGCCCAGGCGGUUGGCGCUCGCAAGAUCGUCGCUGUCGAUAUUAAUCCGAGGAAAUUUCCCAUUGCAAAAGACUUUGGCGCGACCGAGUUUGUGAACCCGAGGGAGUUCCCUGAUCGACCGAUUCAGGAAGUGCUGGUGGAGCUGACGGAAGAGGAAGGGUUUGGCGGACUCGACUACACGUUCGAGUGUAUUGGGAGACCGGAAACGAUGCGUGCGGCGCUAGAGUGCUGCCACAAAGGCUGGGGCCAGUCGUGUAUUAUUGGUGUUGCUGCCUCUGGCGUGGAGCUUGCCGCGCGUCCGUUCCAGCUCGUGACAGGUCGCCGUUGGGCCGGUAGCGCUUUUGGUGGCUUUAAGAGCCUUGAUGGGGUCCCUGAACUAGUGGACAAGUACUUGAAGAAAGAGAUCAAGGUCGACGAGUUUAUCACUCACAAGUUUGACCUCUCGCAGAUCAAUGACGCAUUUCAUGCCAUGCACCAAGGCGAUUGUAUUCGAGCUAUCGUGUACUUCCACGGCGUGCCCCAGGAAUAA